UGGAUUUUGGUAUUUGAUUCAUUUUCCUAUAAUGGCAUUAAAUUCCCAAAGUGAAAAUUCUCAAAAUGAAAAUUCUCUAGAACCUAUUUCAAAAAAAUCUACCAGACAGCCAAUUGCAGAAGUUUGGUCUUUUUUUAACAAAGGUGUUUCUGUAAAAGAUAAAGAUGUUAUAGAUUUUUAUAAUAAAGUUGUUGCUAAUCGACAAGGUCAUAGUCAAGCAGUAUUUCAGGAAAUUGUACUCAGUGCUAAUUUGAACAAAAAAAAAUGUAUGCUUACAAAUAAUCAAGCAUCAUUAUCUGAAUUUUUAGAAAGUACCAAAUUAACUCCACAAUGUAAAGAUAACAUUAAUUCAGCUUUAAUAAAAGCAUUUAUAGUAUGUAAUAUAUCUUUUCAUAUUAUUAGUAAUCCUUAUUUUAUUGAUGUACUACGAGAAUUAUGA